AUGGCUAGUUCAUUACAAUUGUGCAAUGUUGUUCUGGAAAAGUAUUACGAAAGACCUGAAGAAUUGGACACACUGUUUAAGAUAAUGCUGGUAUUAAAUGGUUUGUUCUCUUUCACCGCAGUUCUGGGAAACUUGAGUAUAAUUUUCGCGCUAAAGAAAGCUUCAUCUAUUCCUUCCUCAACGCAGAUUCUUCUCAAGUGUUUAGCUGUAACAGAUCUUGGCAAUGGCGUUCUUGGUCACCCACUUUACAUGGUUGUUAUUUCAAGACUUCGACAAAGUUACACCUGUGAAAAUAACCACCAAAUUCUACUAGCAUUUUUACUUAUAGAAACUUCGUUAUGUACUGCCUCGUUCAUAACUGUAACCUUCAUCGGAGUAGACCGUUUUCUUGCAAUUUCCUUACAUCUUAGAUACAAUGAGCUAGUGACUCCAAAGCGAGUAACUGCCACAGUGCUCGCGUCGUGGAUAGUUGUUUUAGCUACCACGAUCAUAAGUGCCUUCUGGUUUUUGAAUAUUGGGGAGAUGUUGAUUCUUAUUAACGGAUAUAUCAGCACUCUUUUAGUCAGCAUCAUAUACAUUAGACUUUUUUCCGUCGCUCGCCGACACGUAGCAAGUAUAAACAGCCAAGCUCAAGUAACAGCGCAUCUGUCAAGUAUCAGAAAAAUGGCCAGAAACAAGACCUUAGCCAUCAAAACGUUUUAUGUGUUCGUUAUAUUCUUGCUGUGUUACUGUCCAUACUUAAUCUGUUUAACAGUGUUGUUACUCAGUUCUCAGCCGAAUGCGGCGAUAAAGGGAGCCGCACACCUAACGUUGGUUUUAUGGAUGCUUAAUUCAUCGUUAAAUCCAGUGGUGUUCGGCUGGAAACUAAAAGAAGUUCGUCAAAUCGUUAAUAAUGAUUUCAAAAAAAUUAUUCCUUGCAAGUCGAACGACUGA